CGUUAGUGAAACUAUAGCCACACUCUUUAGCUGUACUUAUUCAGCCGCUAGACCUCUGCUCAAGCCAGGCGUUCAACAAUUCUUGUCUAUACAGUAAAUAAUGCAAAGAUAGAGAAUUGUUAAAGCAGCUAAUGAUCAUUUCGAGAAUACCUAUAAUGCGGAUUCACAGUAUAUUUGGAAUUAUYUCGGCGCUUGGCCUAGCGCUUAUCUACACAACAGAGACAGUGUAUUCAUCGUGUGUAGGUUGUCAAGCUUGCGUCCCACGAUGUAUCGGAGAGAAGGGAAACCGAGGUGCACAAGGUUUUCCUGGUUUACGAGGUCCUCAAGGAUAUCCAGGCUACCAAGGAAUGGAAGGUCUACCCGGUACUAGAGGAAUAAAGGGAGAAAAAGGAGGAGCUGGAGCCUUGGGCAAUAAAGGACCAAGGGGAAAAAUGGGCAGGCCAGGCUAUCCAGGAACACCUGGAAUACCUGGUAAUCCUGGAAAUGAAGGACCUCGUGGUGAACCUGGUGAGCCUGGGUGCAAUGGCACAAAGGGAGAAACUGGACCUUUUGGUCCUUCAGGACGACCAGGAGCUGAUGGAGCACCAGGUGCCCCUGGUGCUCCAGGAAUUAAAGGAGAUCCAGGAUUUUCACCACCAACUAGUAAAGGAUUUAAGGGAGAACCUGGACCAAUUGGACCAGAAGGACCUCAGGGAUAUAGAGGAGAUCAAGGUUAUCCUGGAAGAGAUGGACAAAARGGAACCCUGGGACCUAUUGGGCCUAAAGGUGACACAGGGCCACCUGGAUUAAAGGGCACCAUGGGAAUUAUAUCCAAGGGUCCUAAAGGUAAAGCUGGAAAGAAAGGAGAACCAGGUCAAAARGGUUCAUCUGCAAUUGGAUAUGGUUCAGGUUGCAAUGUAACAUUGGCUUUGAAAGGUGCUAAGGGAGAUAAUGGGAGCAGUGGUUCACCGGGUCAACAAGGUGAAAAGGGUGAACCUGGUGCCAGUGGUACUAACGGAGAACAAGGAAUAAAAGGCGAGGCUGGACAAAUAGGUAGYCAAGGAGACCCUGGUGAACAGGGUGAUAAAGGUAGAGUAGGCAAGCCUGGUGAUGAAGGAUUGAAAGGAGAAAGGGGUGCAAAGGGUGACCAGGGACCUCCUGGAGUAGAUGGACAAAGUGGAACAGCAGGUGCCCCUGGAGCCCCUGGACCAAAAGGACAAAAAGGAAGUGAGGGCCCUUCUGGAAUUGGACGCCCAGGUCCUCAAGGUGAUAUUGGUAAAACAGGAGACACUGGUUUCCCUGGUCUUAGAGGCUACCCUGGUGAACGUGGACCAAAAGGCAACACAGGUCCUAUAGGGCCAAAUGGUCCAAAGGGAUCCAAAGGACCUACCGGCCCUCCUGGUCCUCAGGGUGAAACAGGGCUUCCAGGCAGAGAUGGCAUGAAAGGGCCUCUAGGAAAGAAAGGAGAAAGAGGAGAAGCAGGUCCUAGAGGAGAAAAAGGUCAACCAGGUUUAUCARCUGUUGGUAAAAAAGGAAUGGAUGGCCGACCAGGACSACGAGGACCGGCAGGUCCCAAGGGAAACCAAGGUGUUACUGGACCACCAGGAGAAAGUGAUUAUGGRCCACCAGGAGAGAAAGGGGAUAAAGGUGAAGCAGGUGUACAAGGAGAUACGGGUGUAUCAGGUCUGAGAGGUGAAAAGGGUGAAGAAUGUGGAAAUUGUCCCAUACCUGAAAAAGGAGCAAAAGGAGACAGGGGUUCCACCGGUCUGCCUGGAGAUGAUGGUGAUAUUGGUGCUCAAGGUUUCCCUGGUCCGGAAGGCCCACAAGGUGCUGAUGGCACUCCAGGAAGACCUGGAAAACCAGGAAGUCCAGGUGCACAGGGYGGGCCAGGUGUGACUGGCACACCUGGACAAAAAGGUGAAAAAGGAGCAGCGCUUGUAAUUAAAGGACAAAGAGGUUAUCCAGGUGAUCAGGGACUACAAGGUGCCCCAGGAAAUCCUGGUGUACGUGGAGAAAGAGGUGCACAAGGUAUUCCUGGUGAAGAUGGGUUUCCAGGAGACCAAGGUCCAAAGGGUGAAAGAGGAACAGACGGAAGAGAUGGUUUGAAAGGUGUCACUGGACUUCCUGGAGAACAGGGAGAUAAGGGCAUUAAGGGAGAUUAUGUGGUAGGACCUCCUGGUAGGCGUGGRCCCAAGGGCAAUAAAGGAGAUCAGGGCUCAAAGGGAUUGCCAGGCAUUCAGGGAGAGCAAGGUGAAUCUUGGAAAAAAGAUUCCUCCCAAAUCAUAAAGGGACCUACAGGURAAAAAGGAGAAACAGGAAUUAAAGGUCAACAAGGUAAUAAAGGRGAACCAGGUUCAAAAGGUGAACAAGGUCCACCUGGAAGUAAUGGAGAAUCUGGGCAACCUGGUCAAAGAGGACCAGCAGGACAAAAAGGCGAUAAAGGACCUAAGGGGGAUACUGGUCCUGUGGGAUUAAAAGGUGACCAAGGUGACAGUGGUGAUCCUGGACGUGAUGGACCUCAGGGUARCUCUGGAUUAGAUGGAAAGAAAGGUGACAAGGGAGCUGAUGGUCCAACUGGUCCUCCUGGGUCACCAGGUCCACGUGGCUUUAAAGGAAAUACUGGAAUGAAAGGAGAAAAUGGUGUGAAAGGUAGAGAUGGCUUACCUGGUCAGCCAGGAAAAAUAGGACUCAUUGGAUCAAGAGGCCCACCAGGUGAGAAAGGCAYGCCUGGACCCCCUGGACCAAAAGGUAAACAAGGAGAUCCAGGAGCAAAUGGAGCUGGAUCAAUAGGAGAACCAGGCCAACGUGGUCCAAAGGGUGAACCCGGUGUAAAAGGAGACACUGGACGACCUGGUUCUGAUGGUUUUAAUGGUGUUCCUGGAAUCCCUGGUCAAAAAGGAGAUAUUGGUAUUCAAGGACCUACUGGACCUAAAGGACUUSAAGGUCCUCUUGGGCCUUCUGGCGAUCCUGGUGAAGAUGGUAACAUAGGAAAGCAGGGAUUUCCUGGACUACCUGGACCACGUGGCUAUAAAGGCGACACAGGUCAAAAUGGAUCUCCUGGAAAACCAGGCAAAAUUGGAGAUCCAGGNCCAGCUGGACCAAAAGGAGAAUCUGGAAGACAAGGUUUCCCAGGAUUUAGAGGACCGAAGGGUAAUAAAGGAGCACAAGGACCACCAGGGACUGUGGAAGACGGAAACAUUCCUGGACCACAGGGUCCAAAAGGAGAAAAAGGCAGUUCUGGUAUUCCAGGAACAAAUGGUCCUGAGGGAAGUAAAGGGGCAAAUGGUGAGCCUGGUCCAAAAGGCAGCAUUGGCAAUUCAGGCCUACCUGGGCAAAAAGGAGAUACUGGUCUUCCUGGUCGUCCAGGCUCACCUGGYKCCAAAGGRKMUCGUGGAACAGACGGUACAAAGGGAGAUGCUGGACUGAAAGGUGAUGCUGGAMAACCAGGUUUCCCUGGUACAAAUGGUCAAAAUGGGGAUCCAGGGAGCCCAGGAAUACCAGGUCAGCCAGGUCCUAAAGGAGAACCAGGAAGAGGAAUACAAGGGCCACCUGGGCCCCAAGGUCCUGYGGGCCCUCCUGGCMCAGAUGGAUUCCMAGGACCCAAGGGUGACAGAGGUGAUGAUGGAGAACCUGGCAUUCCUGGACCAGGUGGAAAGAAAGGAGAAAAAGGUCUUAAGGGUGUCAAGGGAGUCAAGGGCGGUAAAGGUGAGCUCCAAAUAGAACAAGGYCCCCCUGGAGCACCUGGACUACCAGGUCGAGAUGGUCUGGAUGGUGAAAAAGGUCUUAAAGGUGAAAGUGGUAAUCCAGGAAAUCCAGGUCCACUAGGACCUCGAGGAUCACGAGGUGACAAAGGAGAUCAAGGAUCCCGUGGAUACACGGGUUCACAGGGUGGUCGAGGUGACCCUGGCGAACGUGGCCCAACAGGAUCAAAAGGAGAGGUUGGUAAUCCUGGAAUUUCUGGUGUCAAGGGUGAACCGGGACUCCCCGGAAUGAAUGGAAUAGAUGGUGAUAAAGGAGACAGCGGAUUGCCAGGAAUACCUGGCACACCCGGAUUACCUGGAAGCAAAGGACAAAAAGGAACUCAAGGUCUCAGAGGUCCUGAUGGAAGACCUGGUGAAGAUGGACCUGCAGGUCUUAAAGGUGAACCAGGUACAGCCGGUAUUCCUGGAUUGAAAGGAAAKMCAGGAUCGCCUGGAAAUGAUGGUCAACGUGGCGACAAAGGCACUCCUGGUCUACCUGGCUUCAAGGGAGCUAAAGGUGAAUCUGGACGUGAUGGUCAAUCUGGUAUACCUGGUGACAAAGGAAGCACUGGCAGWMGKGGWUUCCCUGGUKCAAYCGGUGUCAGGGGUGARGUUGGACCCCCUGGAGAACCYGGAAUCAAAGGAAAUAAAGGAUACUCUGAAGCAAGGGAUGGGCCACCAGGAGAAAAAGGAAAUGCAGGAUUUCCUGGUUUAAGAGGCGAAAAGGGAGAUCGAGGCCCAUCUGGUUUCKSUGGAUUACCAGGAGAUAAAGGAGAUAAAGGAGAGAUGGGAAAAGACGGAAAAGAAGGACCUCGUGGUGUUCSGGGUCCAAGGGGCGAGGCGGGUGAUAAAGGUGAUCGCGGUCUACRGGGAUYAGCCGGUCCUACCGGUAUACCGGGUGUUCCUGGUGAAGCUGGCAAAUCAGAUUUYGGUUUCUUUGUAACUCGUCAUAGUCAGACGGAUCAAGUGCCGGAUUGCCCCGGAGGUGGUGUUUCCAUGUGGGAAGGUUACAGUUUACUAUAUGUACAAGGAAAUGAGCGUGCGCAUGGACAAGAUUUGGGCAACCCUGGAUCAUGCUUACAACGUUUUACAACCAUGCCUUUUAUGUUUUGUAACAUAAAUAAUGUCUGUAACUUGGCUUCUAGAAACGAUUACAGYUACUGGCUAUCAACUACGGCUCAAAUCCCAAUGAUGCCUGUUCGAGAAGAAGAAGUCAAGAAGCAUAUCAGUAGAUGUGUUGUGUGUGAGGUUCCUUCGCACGUAAUGGCCGUUCAUAGUCAGACGRAUAYAKWGCCUCCAUGUCCUAAUGGUUGGGACCCAUUGUGGCAAGGUUACAGUUUUCUUAUGCAUACAAGUGCUGGUAAUGACGGUGCUGGUCAAGCGUUAGCAUCUCCAGGGUCUUGUCUAAGUGAUUUCCGCGCACAUCCUUUUAUCGAGUGCCAUGGCCGAGGUACCUGUCAAUAUUACGGUAGCACUUACAGUUUCUGGUUGGCUACCGUUACAGAAAGAGACCAGUUCCGUGUCCCGCAACCUCAAACCMUAAAAUCUGGUAAUUUAAGAGAUCGCGUGAGUCGCUGUCAAGUAUGCAUUAAGAGAGUUAAAAGGGAUACAGGCAGUCAAAUAGGCAGGUUACAGAACUAAGAAACCAAUAAAACAAACCAACCAACCAGCAAUAUUUUAGUAUUAAUGACAUUUUGAAGAUCAAAUAUUCGUGCUUGUCAUGUUCUUUACUUUAAAUACUAGAAAUGACUAGAAUAGUGUACAGUUACCUUUGUUAUCAUUAUUUUCAAAACUUUAUGAAGAAUAGCUAUGCUAGAUCGGUAAUUAAUGUACUGGCUGGCUUGGGUCCUCAUGACAAGAAGACAAAAAUAGUAGUACCUCGUUGACGAGCAAAGUAACCGUAAACCGUAACCACAGCAACAACCGUAACCAAAGCAACAACUGUAACCACAGCAACAAAGCUAACCACAGCAACAACUGUAACCAAAGCAACAACAGUAAAACCACAGCAGCAACAAUCGUAAACAUAGCAACAACCGUAAACAUAACAACAACUGUUAAUUGUUGUAGGAACGUAAUAAAAACAAACGCAUCAACUAAAGAUCGUCAACAACAAGUWCUAGCAGCUCAAUGAAACUGAUUUUUGAAAAUGACAAAAGCAGCAUUCAUUCCAUCUGAUAUUAAAAAAUACUACAGAUAGUUCACGAAAGGUGACAUGAAUGUUUUUCUAAUUCAAUUAGUAAUUGAAAUUCUUAAUAGAAUAAUUGUCCGAACGGUAGUGUACAGUAUAUUUGAACAUGUGGAGCGCGGGUUGUUUAUGCUCCUAAAGAAGACGUAUAUUCCCCUUUUUCAUUUUUUUCGCCAUCAUUUCUAAUUAUGACAAUUCAUGCCACGCUUUUUGGUAAGCUAUUUGAUAAAUUGAUAAAUACUUGUUAUAGUUUAUUAUAUAAAUAUGGAUAUUGUUUUUAAUCGCAUAUYAUGAGGUUUAACCGUAUACGCAUACUACACGUACGUCACCCUAAAUCAACAWGAAAAAGCUUACUGACAGGUGAGGUCCGAGUAUAUUGUGUUUAUACGGUAAAUACUAUUUUCAAACAUUGKAGUUAAGAUAGAUUAGUUUCUAUAGUUUCCCGUGAUAUAUUUACUGCUACCAUUUUUUGUGUGACUGUAAGUAUUGUUUAAUUAUUUCACUCUCCAAGUCUGCAAUGGUUAGAAAAUUGCAUUUGUUGUUUUACACGCCGGRGUUAAUCGUCGAAUUAAUUCAUUUAACUUUAUUCUGUUCAAAWUUCAAUUUAUAAUGACGUUUUCGGAAUCUUUUGAAAUGAAAGUUCAGGGUAAAAACUAUAUCAAGUUAAGAGAUUUGGAAAUUCUGUAAAUGAGUUCAAAACAAUGUCCAAUGACUUUCGCACGUUUGAAAAAAAAACUUGACUUUCUUAUGAGAAAAGUUCGACGUUUGACCAGGCCUUCCUAGUUAGUGUUKUGAUAUUUUAUAAUUUAGCUAGUAAUUUGUAUUGGGUAAUAUUAUCAUCAGUUUUGUUCARUAAUUUUUGCUAUAUAAACUGUAAAAGUAAAAGCUAAAUAAUUUUCAUAAACAAAAGAAAAACAAACAAAAAAAUGAAAUAAAUAGAUCUAGGUAUUGGGCUCAUAGAUUGGUAAUGACGUAGUUGAUAUAUAUCAUUAUGAUUGGGUUAUAAUUAUAAAUAAAUAGAUGUUUUUAAAAAGAA